AUGUGGCUUUUCGACUUGGCUACUUUGGCUGAUUCCUUUCUAGCAUAUCUUGAUGAACUCUCUAAUGUAAACAAGUUUCAGGUUUCUAAAGGCUUUUUACUUCUUCGUGUAAAUGAAGUAAUAACUAUGUUGGUUGUUAUAACAAAUGAGAUGCAGAAGAUGGGUUACAAGCGUUCAACAAAGAAGUGCAAAGAAAAAUGGGAAAAUAUGAACAAAUAUUUCAAAAGGACCAUUGUAACUGGGAAGGCUAGUAUUGCAAAUGGUAAGACAUGUCCAUAUUUUCAAGAAUUAGAUAUUCUUUAUAGAAAUGGAGUGGUAAAUACUGGAGCUGUCUUUGAUAGUACAAAUACUGGAAAUAAUUCCAAGGCUGAAGUUAUAAUCUUGGAUAUGGGCCUUCUUGUAGCGGGCACAAAAUAUCGUGGGGAGCUUGAAGAAAGAUUAAAGAAACUGAUUGAGGAAAUAAAACAAAGUGAUGAAAUAAUUCUAUUUAUUGAUGAGCCAUUGGCAAAGAAAUUUGGGAUAAAAGUGGUGCCAACUUUCAAGAUUCUAAAGGAUAAGAUGGUCGUUAAAGAAGUAACUGGAGCAAAGUUCAAUGAUUUGGUUCAUGCCAUUGAUACUGUAAGAUCCAGCUGA